GCGGCCGCAUGGCGCCCUGCCGCGCUUGCUUUAGUGCGCAGCCCGCACGCGGCGAUGGUGCGCCACAAAGCGACCGCGUCGAUAGACAUGGAAGAGCUUUGGGCAGAGGUGAGUUUCGAGGAAAGCGCGCCGUCGCCCACCUCCGCCGCGGCGGCGGCGGGCCGGCGGAAGGGCCGCGGCGGCGGGCACGCGCGGAACAUCUCCCUCUCCGACUUCCGCUCGCUGCGCAGCGCGCUCGUCAAGGAAAAGGGGACUCCGACGCGGAGUCGCACCACCGAUGAUAACCUCGAAGGUUCCGCCACUGCCAGUGAUCUCUAUACUAAGACUCAGGAACAAGAGGGCGACCCGGCGGCGGCGGUGCCAUCCCCCCGACGCCUCGGGCAUGCGCUCGCGCGCAUAUUCUCCGGCCGCCGAGGAGAUCCCGUCGCCAGCGCGGCUUCCGCCGACUCGGAUCCCCUUAAAGUUGUGUCAGCCGCCGCCGACGCUGGCUGGUCGGCGCAAUCAAUCCGCGGCGGCUUCCCGCGCUCCUCGUCUGUAGGGCGGGUGCCAUUAUCUGGUUUCGGCGGAAUGAGCGGCGCUGCUGCCGCCGCCGCCACCGCCGGGGGGGCAUUUGCGCUCUCGAAGACUGCGCCGACUCGUGCUACUCCGCGCUCUCCGCGCCGUCCUCCGCAGAACGACAGCCUGAGGGGCGCCGCCGCCCCCGGCGUGCCCCCCAAGUCCCCGCGUUGGCGCGGGCCCGGGCCCGCCGCGGCGGCGGCAGGCGCCGCCGCUGCCAAUGGGGGGGAAGACCGCGUUGCGCGGAGGAGAAGUUUUGGCGGAAUGGAGCCGCCGGCGCCGCCGGCGGUGGUGGUUGUCCGGGGGAUAUCACGAGGGAACGAGAGCGGCGCAUCGCCGCAGCAGCACCAGCAGCAGCAGUCGCACGAGCUGUCGCGGCGAGCGUCGUCGCUACCGUCGCACGCGUCGCCGUCGCAUAGGCGAUGCCGCAGCUGGGGAGGGGGGCAGCAGGAAUCGUCAAGGCUGGAGGUAGAGUGGCAAUCUCUGCUGAGCCAGCUUGAGUCAACUUCGGAAGUUGAGAACCCAUUUAACACCUUAGAUACCACACCUACCACUGGUCCAGUUAUUACUACUGUUACUACUAGUAAUACUAGUUCCACAACCACUGCUGCUGCUGUUAGAACAUCCCAAAGGUAUAGUCGCUUGGCAAUCACCGCAGGUACCCUGCCGGAUAUUAGCGACCCCGAGGCGGAAGGAUCUGGGGAGGGGGAAAGAUCUGGGGAGGUGGAAGGAUCUGGGGAGGCGGAAGGAUCUGGGGAGGCGGGAGGGUAUGGGGAGGCGGAAGGAUCUGGGGAGGCGGAAGGAUUUGGGGAGGCGGAGGAUUGGGAAGCGGGGGCCGAGGGGCUUGAGAUUGCGCUGGUGGGGUCUUUCCGGGAAAUGGCGCACCCGUGGCGAGUAGAGAGUCUAAGUGGCGACAUGGGGGCUUUAGAAGCAGAGGCCGCUGCGCUCGCUCUGCCUACAUCCGGAGAUAUGGAAGCAGAGGCGGGCGCAUUGGUGGGGUCUUUCCGGGAUAUGGCGCAGCCGGGACGAGUGGAUAGUAGCCUUGGGGGGGAUAUGGGGGCGUUAGAAGCAGCGGCUGCUGAUGUGGCAAUGCCGGAUGGGAGUGGUGAAAGCGAAGGAGGGGAGGGGGAGGAAAGGCGGGAUACGCGAUUUAGAUUGGCGAAGGGAGCUCGCGAAUUGGCGCGAAUAGAGCGUCUGAGUGGCGGCAAGGGGGUUGUAGAAGCAGAGGCAGCAGCAGCAGCAGAAGCAGCAGCAGCAACGGAGCGUAACAACAACAUGCCACCACAGCAUUUACUCUCAUUGCAGGCUUUACCAUCAUUGCAACCGUUGGAUCUAGAGCCAUCUGACGACCACCAAGCCACCACUGCAGAGUCACCCAGCCAACAGUCACUAGAUGCUGCAGGCAGAUCUGCCGGCCAAUCACCUGGCCAAUCACCUGGCCAAUCACCUGGCCAAUCCCCAUGCCAAUCCCCAGGGAAAUGUCCGGGUCACUUGAAUCAACAGCGGUCCGGGCGGCGGGUGCAGUUUAGUGAGGUGGUGAGGGUCAGGCGGGUGUUGGUCCCCUCUCACAGCACUGACUCCGCCGGACCUGCUGCCGAGCCUUCUCCUGAGCCUGCCGCCGAGCCUUUUCCCGAGCCUGCUGCAAAGCCUGCUGCUGCGACUUGGAAUGUUGGUGCUGGUGUUGGCGUGGUGCCCAGAGAGAAUGCUAGGAGUGCUGCUGACAGUGGUGACGCUGUGCUGACGACUACUGUUGCUGCUGCUGCUGCCAGUACCGUUGCUAAUGCUGCUAACGUUGCUGAUGCUCCUAAUGCUGCUAAAGCUGACACUGCUGAUGCUGCUAAGGCUGAUGCUGCUAGUGCUGAUGGCGAUGCUGCUUCUGCUGAUGCUGCUGGUUCGCUGCCCCAGGCCUUAGCUGAUCCAGUAACCUUACCUGGCACCGAGCAAGGCACAGAGGUCGAGGAGAAGCAAAGUGCGGAAAAACAGGCAGAGGAGAAGGAAGGCGGCUGUAGGCACGCAGCCACACUCCCAGAACAAGAGGCCGGCUCCCGUGCUGCACAUGAGCCGACUAACGUGCCUCACCUCACUCAUGCAGCUCCUGCAAUCGAGGAGAAGGAAGGCGGCUGUAGGCACGCAGCUGCACCCCCAGAACAAGAGGCGGGCUCCCGUGCUGUAGAUGAGCCUACUAAUGCGCCUGAAACCACUCAUGCAGCUGCUGCAAUCGAGGAGACUGCUUUUGCCAGAGCAGAUCCCACUGAUCCUCCCCUCGUGCCCAUCCUAUCCCCAUCCCCCCUCCCAUCCCCAUCCCCCUCCCCCCUCCCAUCUCCUUCCCCCAUAUCAUCCUUAAACCCAGCAUCAUCCACCCUCCCUUCCUCUUCCACCCUCCUUCGUUCCUCCUCAACCCCUCGCAAGCUCCUUUCCUCCCUCGCUCGUUCCUUCUCCUGCUCUCGUUUCGGGCACCUCAUCUCUCCCCUCCUCUCUAGCCCCUCCAAGCGUGGUAUGGAGGUGGGAGUGAAAGCGUUGGAGUCGACGCAAGGGUCACCACCAGGCAGUAAUGGUUAUGUAUCGGGAGUAGGCUUGGGAGUCGGUUCGGAACUGUCGAAGCAAGUGCCUCGGUCCUUAUCUGCAGUGGAAGCUGGUCAGCUGAAUUCCAAGGCGAGACAGAAAUGGAUGAGGGUGUUGCGCUUCCCAAGAGCGGUGGUGCUGGGUGGAGGGUCGAAAGAGUGACCUGAGUGAUUUGUAGGUGUUGGCUGUUGUUUUACUUGCUUAAAGCCAUGUCCCUGGUGUCGAAAUUUGUGUACUCCAUACCAUACAUACUACAUACAUUUUCCAUGAUAAAUAAAGACGCGAUAUUAGG